AUGGCAGCGUUUCUCAAAAUGCAACCGCCGACGAGCCACGAAGGUCUACCAACUACAGCAUGCCAAGUCGAGCACUACUUUCGACAGCACGGCCUGGACGUGGCCAGACCCUGCUCGGCCCCACGGAACUCUGCGUCUACGACAGAGGUGCGACGCUGCUGGAUCCUCGACAGCACCGCCGUUUGGAACCGUGUUCUCCACGCCGUCAGCCUGGAGCUGCUGGAGGACUCCCCGGGUCGGCUGACGCUCAAGACCUCCGUGCUUUACCCACCAGGCGUCAAGGACAAGAGCGCCGUCGGCGCCUUCCUGGUGGCGACGCUGCUGAACGACCACCGCUGUGUGCACCACGUCGAAAUCAGACACAUGAGCCACCUGAUGUAUAACGCUGGUAACGUUUUUGACGACGUCGUUUUGAACGAAGGGAUUGGGCAGGUUACGCUGACAGACCAACGGCCGUUGCAUUCAGAGUUAAGGAACAAAGCGUCUAAGCUAAUCAUGGCCGUGCUCAUGGGCGACCCACGCGUGCUUCGAUUUCGCACCACCUACCUAUCUCGUACCUUGCGGAAAACGUUGCGCGAGGUCAUUGUUUGCUCUACAAGGCUUUCUGAGCUUACCCUUCAUGACACGAGGCUUGUUGUUCACAAGAUAGUCCGCAUUUUGGAAGUCGUCAGGUAUUCGACGACAAUAACUUCCCUGACACUGGACAAAAACAACGUGUUCAUAAAAGGAUCACGUGGUAUAGCCGACCUGCUCGAAAGCAACACAUCGUUAGUGGAAUUAAGUUUGCGCGAAACCGUGAUCGAUGACGAAGGUGCGACGGCCAUUGCUGGGGCCUUGAAGAUCAACAAAACUCUUAAGAGGCUCAACCUAGCGUCCAACGAAAUCUUUACCGACGGCGUGCGUGACCUGUCUAGAGCACUCAAGAAGAAUACUUCGUUACGUGUUCUUGACCUUGAGAGGAACACUUUCGGGGACCAUGGUGUGAUGUACGUAGCCGAUAUGCUGAGAGUGAACGUGACGCUCCAAGAGCUCAAUCUAAGCAACACCAAAAUGACUGACUAUUCUCUACUUAAGCUCGUCGACUCGCUGAAAGUAAACAGAACCUUGCGUGUUCUGUCCGUGCGCCACAAUGUGUCUCGCGGAAGAGCUAUGAGGGAACUAACUUACCUUCUUGGGAUCAACAACACACUCACCCGACUAAACUGCCCGUCAACGUAUUUUGUAAUGACACUGACAGAUUUUGGCGAUUACAUGAAUUCCAUAAGGCGCAGUCAGGCCAUAGACGGCCUCGAAAUUGUGGUCGAUAACUCAGCCCAGACCCGGAAACUGUCGCGGAUGAUCAAAGUGGGAAGAACCCUGCGCCAUCUUUCCGUCAUUCGUGGGGACCACUGCACCUUAUCUCCGCUUUUGAGAGCUCUCAAGGAGAACGAGUCGGUAGAAUCGCUGGAAAUAGACUUCUUGUUCGGUGGCGAAAUACGGGCCCUUGGGAGCCUUCUACAAGAGACGACCACCAUUCGUUCGGUAACGCUGAAGUAUCCCGUGAACAUGGCUGGCUUCAUCUCCUUGAUGAACGGAUUGGCCCACAACAACAGCCUCUGGAAGUUCAGCUUGGACUGCACGAUGUUGAAGGAGGGGCAUUGUACAGAGAUUGCUAGAAUGCUGGUCAGCAAUGAAACGCUGAACGACCUCGCACUGCGCGACGCUCCGGCUGUGGAAGCCGGUCUUCCUAUCCUAGCCGGUGCCCUGUCAAUGAAUCAGACUUUGCAGCAGUUUGCCAUCACUUACCCGACGUCGAACGCCGCUGGUCUUCACGUCGUAGAGUGCCUGCGGAGGAAUUGCUCGCGUAUGGCACGAGCUGUGGAGUUCGUCCUCGCUCAAGUGGCCAGCAAAAAAUCGGCUGAAGCCUUUGAGGCCUUCAGGCACAAUGAGUUCUUCGUUCAGAGGCUGGCGGAAUCGGCUGGAGGCCGCCAGCGGGCUGAGACGCUCCUGCGUGAGGCGGACCAUCGCAUCCUGAAGAACUACUUCGUCAUCACAGAAGUUGUCAAGGGGGCGCUGGUCUGCCUGCGUUUCCCAGGCAGUGAACAUUCCAUGGAGAUUGACAGCCUGGACGAGUAUUCUUUAAUCGAGAUUACGUCGUACCUGAAAAUUUCCGACGUGAAGUAAUUUGCACUGAAGCAGUGCUACUUUCAUGUUAUUCAGCAGGUUUUGGGUCCUGCGGAUUUCAUUGACGUAAACGUUAAUUUUGUUAGUUUUCAACUUCAUUUUAUGAUUUUGGGUUUUGUGCUGCAUUGUCUUAAAUACCACGUUGCUGCCUGAACUAGCUGGGCUGCGAUCUAUAGGUUGCAAACAUUAUCCCCUUGGUCAUGCUUUAGAUGUCGAAGACAGAAUAGAUCGGUCCGGGAUGCGGGAAUUUGAAAUUCGCUAUGCAAUGAGGACAAACUUGUGAAACUUUUGUACUUAAAACAUUUGUUUGACAAUUUGUUCAGACAGUUUUCAUUUAUUUGUCGUAUUACCCACAUGUCGUAACCUUAGCCUUUCAUUGGGAUGAUCACAUUCACUUCUCGUGGUAUGAAUGAUUGUGUUUUUAAUUUGAUGCAACAGCUGAAUACCCCAGCAGCUUUGUAUGGACGAAUGAAGAAUGAGUGCUUUCCUGACAAGUAAAAAGUGCACUUGUAUAUGAA